AUGAAUCGAAAUAUCAAAACUCCUAAAAAUCUUCCGGAAUAUCUGGAAUUUUUUGCUCGUGAAACCAUUCGAGCACAGCCAAAAAAUAUCUUGAAAUUCAACAAACUAUUUCUUGAAGAGCUUGAGAAACAUACAGAUGGGACCAACAUAACCACCUUCUUGGAAGAUCCCGAUACCUAUCAGAAAUUCCAAGACGAUCUCCUUCAUCGAGUAAAUGCCGAUCGCGCUUUUUCGAAAGAGACAAAACAGAAAGAAUCUGCGAAUGGUGAUGUGGAUGAAGCAGCUAUCAAGAUCCAAGCCAACGUCCGCGGAUUUCUUGUUAGAAAAGCUGCCGAGAAGAAGCAAUAA